GAAACGAUCUUCGAUUUUUCUUCAUUUUUUCUGGCUUCUAUUCUCUCUCUCCCUCUUCCUCCGUCUGGUCUCUCUGCGAUUUUUGAGCUGCUUCGGACCAGAAAAAAGCUCAAGCUCUCUCUCUCUCUGAGUCUCAGGUAAGAGACGACGACAGACGAACCAGAAUGGCGAUGGUUUUGGGGAACUGGAGCACCCAUCACCCGAAGGUGCGACAUUCAGCAUUUCACCAUUUCCAUGGAGGGCCUUCAUAUCUCCUGCAGGAAGAAAGAUCGUGAAAGAGAUAGUCGCCACCCCUACAAGGUUGUCGAGAUCACCCCUCCUCCCAGGAGUCUCGGCGUCCGUUGCUUUCCCUCGAACUUGCAAUGCGGCGAGAGCGUGACAAUCGAGGGCCAGGCCUAUACAAUCUCCGCCGUGACUCACCGCUAUCAGCUCCGGAAGGGGAAGUACGAGCCUAGCGAGAAGAGGCUCGAUGUCUUAUCGACGGGAAGAUACAUCUUGAACUUGUAUUUGGAUAGUCUGUACGAGCAAUCUUGACAUCUAUUCUCCUCCAUGCUCGGGCUCCAGUUUAUCGAGGCUCUGCUCAUAAUCCGGUAUUCUGAAUGUAUGUAUCUUGUUACGUUCAUCUAUGCACUGAGAAUUACGAAAGAGAGUGCAUUCUCCAUACCCA